UAACCUACUAAAAUGAUGCUAGUAAGAUAGUUGUAAACAAGAGAUUAGAUGAAAUUAUUAAAAAUGCAAAUUCAUAACAAACAAUUUUCAGAAUGGUACACACUAUCUAAUACUAUUUGAGUUAAACCCAUUGCCAGCUGCCAACAGGCAUUUCUCAUGGGAAACAAUGAGAUCUAAUCACAUUUCGCGCUUCAUGAAACACACCUUCUAACCGAGAAUCUUCAGUCUGCAUCAAAUAUUACAUUGUAGUUAUAAAUUUAAGCAUGCACUUCAACGUUAUUUCAAUGAUUUAGCAUAAACUGAAAUCAGGUGCUGAGUUUUAGCACCAAGGGGCGACACUGAGCAGGACACAUCAAAUUUUGUGUCUAGCGUAGAUUGUCAAGCACUUCCAGUCUUCAUCCCAACCUCCAAAUGAAAAAGAACUAUUAUGGAUUCCCAAAAUUAUACUACAGACAUACGUACAAAUCGAUCAAAAAACUAUAGACUAACUUUUGAGUUGAUGUCUCAAUCAUUCUAAUCAGAAGACCUCAAUUUGCUCCACAUAUCAAACUGCAAAUAUAUAUAUUUGCAUAUAAUUUACCGUCUACAAUGUUACUUCUGUGAUUCGCCUCAACUGAAAUCACUUAAUAUAAAUAGUUCUGGAACUAAGUGUCGACAGUAACCAGUACGCGUCGACGUCCACCAACUCCAGGCUUCAUAUCAACCUCAAAUUGAAACAGAAUUGUUAUGCAACCCAAUAAUUACAGGGAACCGAAAUUUACUACAGACAUACCUACAAAUCGAUCAAAAACAUACAAAUCACCAAAAUGGCAAGCAGUACUCCCCUUUAAUUAUCACCACCUGUAAUCAUUCGUGAAUUAAUUGGUCAGUGAGUGUGUGUCAGCCUGAAGUAAGGAAUGAAAACUAGGGUUGUAAAUAAUUUGUGAUGGAUUGAAAUAUGAGAAAAAAUCUGUGACUAGAGGGCUGCUUACUAAACAGUUUUUUGAAAACUAGUAGCUAUUCACAUCCUGUUGAAAUGUGACGGUCUCGUUUCUUUGUCAAAGAUAGACAGUCUUAGGUGUUAAGAAGACAAAUUUCGCGAGAUGAUAUCUGUGGUGAUUGACUAUUUCUAUCUUUGUAUUGUUUAAAUACUUACUGUUGAUUGUGAAUAUUUUCAUAUAUGAAUUGCAUUAGAAUUCCGCUAAAUACAAAUUCCUGAUUGCUGCCCUCUCUGGGUUUUGUUUAGAUUCUUAUAAUUCCGUCAGAUCGAAAUACUAAUACUUCAAGUACAAUAAAUUACUACAAAUUGGCGUCGCGAUGGAGCUAAGUAACCUGGGAAAAUUUCCUCUUAAUGGUUCUCCGCGGGAGAUUGCUGAUUAUUUGGAAUGCUUUGAUGCGUGGUGCAUUUCAAAGAAUGUUCGGGAUGAUAAAAUACCUGCUCAUUUCAUCACCGCUAUUGGGCUUGAUGCAUAUAGCCUGGUGAAGAAUCUGGCAUUUCCAGAUAAACCCAUUUCUCUGUCAUAUGACAAGAUCCGUGAACUUCUGACAAAUCACUUUCAUGUGACUACAUUUGAGACCAGAGAGAGGGCUCACUUCAACAAACUGGUACGUUCUCCCAACCAGAAGAUUAGAGACUUCAUUCUUCAACUUCAAAUUCAAGCCUCAAAGUGUAACUUUGGAGAUCAGCUGCAUACUCAACUACGUGAUCGUCUAAUUGCUGGAAUCAAUAUUCCUAAGUUAGAGAAAGAGUUAAUUCAGAUUCCUUCUUGUACGUUUCAAACUGCUAAAGAUUUAUGUAUUACAUAUGAAGAUGUCAACAGUGAAUACUCUGCUCCCACUACGUCAGUAUCUGAUGUUAUGCUUUCUAAAGUCGAAAAUACAAGUGUUCAUGGAAAGAAAUCCAAACUGCCGUCCACAGGUAAUAGAAUGCAGCGAGAGAUCAAAAACAUUAAACCGUGUUUAUCCUGUGGAAAGUUACAUCUACGAAGCACUUGCCGUUUUCGGAGUGCUAAGUGUCACAAAUGUGGUAAAGUUGGACACAUCAAGACUGUGUGCAGAAGUUCGAAUACAUAUGUUACUGAGAAUCCUGAUAAUUCUUCCAAUUUAUCUGGUAAAAUGCAGUCGAUGUCUCUUUCAACUUUUCCCAAUACUCAAUCUCAUCUAAUGAGAACCUUCACUACAAGUUCAGGCAAGUCCCAUUGUUUUAUAAUUGAUACUGGGAGUACUGAAUCUAUAAUUUCUAAGAAAGAUUUACAAUCGAUUUGUAAGAAUGUCCAGAUAGACCCUACUACUAGUUCAAUUACAGGCAUAACUGGUCAUAAAUUACCUCUUAUCGGGGCUACUAACAUUUCUUUGAAAUCAGACAGUGGUAAUUUUGUAAAUAUUCCCUUUCUUGUUAGUGAAUAUGGUCCAUCUCUAUUGGGAUUAAAAGCCCUUAGAUUGUUAAAUGUCGAAAUUUCACUUUGUACUGAGUUGUUUGAUGAAUCUUUGUUCAGGGAAUUACUUCUCCAAUGCUCAAAGAGUGUAGGUGGUAUGAAGAUUCAGCCCAUCCAUCUUGAAAUAGAGGGUGAUCCUAUCUUCCUGAAACGCCGAUUAAUUCCAUAUGGAUUGCGAGAUGCAGUUAAGAAAGAGUUAGACAAGUUGGUUGAGCAAGGCAUACUUAUGCCAGUUGAGUCUUCAAAUUGGGCUACUCCUAUUGUUACGCCACUAAAGGCUGAUGGAAAAACACCUAGAAUUUGUGGUGACUACCGCCUUACACUCAAUAGUCGUCUACUACAGCAAAGUUGCACUACUCUAGAAACUGAAGACAUUCUCUACAAGCUACAUGGCUCAAGAUACUUUUCCAAAAUAGAUCUAAAAGAUGCCUAUUUGCAAAUUCCUCUUGAUGAGGCGUCUAGUGCAUUAACAACCAUUAAUACUCCAUUUGGAUUGUUCAAGUAUAAGUUCUUGCCUUUUGGUUUAAAGGUUUCACCUGCAAUAUUUCAAAAUGUAAUAAAUCAGAUGAUAGAUGGAUUAGAUGGUGUUGAGUCAUACCAAGACGACAUUAUAGUUCAUGGUCCUAAUAUCGAAUUGCAUAAUGAACGUCUUUUAAAACUGUUCAGGCGUUUAUGUGAGAAUAAUGUUCUUGUUAAUCCAUCUAAAUGCCAUUUCACUUUGUCGUCUGUAUCAUGCUUGGGAUACACAGUAGACUCCGAAGGUUUCAGACCUGAUGCUAGUCGUUUGGCACCUCUAAUUCAAGCACCGUCACCUAAUAAUAUGUCAUCGUUGAGAUCAUGGAUAGGUACUCUUCAGUUUUACUCCAGAUUCAUUCCCAACUUCACUCAACGGUUAUCUCCACUUUUUGAGAUUGUCUCCAGUAAACAGUUUAAGUGGGAACAACAACAUGAGAAUAUCUUGCGAAAAACUUUGGAGUUUCUUAAUAAACAAGCUUUCUUAAGACCUUUUUCAUCGAAAGAUAAGUCUGUUCUCACUACAGAUGCUUCUCCUAUGGGUAUAGCUGCAGUACUUGAGCAAAAUGGACAACCUGUUAUUUGUAUUUCAAGACGUCUAAGUAAGAGUGAACAAGGGUACUCACAAACCCAGAAAGAAGCUUUAGCAGUUGUAUGGGCAAUAAGACGCUUGCACAAGUAUCUCUUUGGUACUAAGUUUCACAUAGUUACUGAUCAUCAAGCUUUGAAAUUCAUUUACAAUCCAGAAAAAUCUUUGAAUAAAUCAUCUGCUGCUAUGGUUCAGAGAUGGAGUUUAGAACUAAGUGCAUAUGAUUACACUAUUGAACAUAGAUCGGCAAAGGAUAUACCUCAUGCAGACUUCUUAUCUCGUUAUUCAUUAUUUGAAAAUAUUGCUAAUGAUACUGAUUGCUUAUUAGUCCAGCCGUUACCGGUGGAUCGAGUUCGACUUAUAAAUGAUACUCGGAAAUAUUACGGAUGUGUUAUAAAUGCAACAAAAAGAGGUUGGAAUGUUCAGUGUAAGCGAAGAUUUCCAGACUUUUAUAAGCGAAGAGAUGAGAUUUCAGUCCAUCCUGAAGGAUUUCUAUGUCUGAAUGACAGAAUUAUUAUUCCUCCAACAUUAAGAUCUGCGAUUUUGGAUGAUCUACAUUCUGCUCAUCUAGGAGCUGAUAAGAUGAAAUCAUUAGCACGCCUAACAUGCUGGUGGCCGGAAAUUGAUGCUGACAUUAACAAAAGAUCAAAGAGCUGUUCUAGCUGUUUACAUAAAAUGUCCUAUGGGAAGUCAUCGUGGACACCGUGGCCUGCAUCUUGUGAGGUUUGGCAGCGUAUUCAUGCAGAUUACUGUGGUCCAUUCUUAAAUUCAUAUUAUGCUUUAGUUAUUGUGGAUUCUUAUUCUAGAUGGCCAGAAGUCAUCAUUACAGAUAGUCCUAAUGCCAAAUUCACUCACAGAGCGUUGAGAAAGAUUUUUAGUCGAGAAGGAAUUCCAGAUGUCUUAGUUACUGACAAUGGUACUCAUUUUACGGAGAAGAACUUCAAUGAUUGGCUCAAACAUAUAGGUUGUCGUCAUUUGUACACAGCACCACGUCAUCCUCAGUCAAACGGGUUGGCAGAAAAUUUUGUACGAACAUUAAAGAGUGCUAUAGCAUCAAUGAGUCCUCAAAAUUUUGAUGAGCUAGAGAGAUGUGUGGAUAACUUCUUACUUCAAUAUCGCAAUGCGGAGCAUACAAGUACUCAUGAAAGUCCUGCAAAACUAUUCAAAUCUCGAAUUCUCAGAAAGCAUCUGAUGUCCACGACUUCUGAUGUACAUUAUUACAGAGGGAAUGAUUAUAGACCUUCUAUUGGUAUCAUACUACAAAGAAUGGGAAAUCGAAUGGUGAAGAUAUUAGACAUCGAAGAUAAUUCAGUUCAUAACAGACACUUGGAUCAAGUGAGAAUAAAUGAGGUAGGUCGUUCCGAUUAUGAUUAUAAUGACUCCGCUACUAAUCCCGACUUUGUAGAUAAUUCAGAAAUAAGUCUAGAUGAUACUGAUGGAAAUGAUAUCACCGAAUCAGUUAGAAGAUCGCAGAGACUGGCAAGCAAACCGCGAUAUCAUUAUAAAUACGCAAGGAGACAUUCAACGUGUGGCGGAUGUGGUGAUUGACUAUUUCUAUCUUUGUAUUGUUUAAAUACUUACUGUUGAUUGUUAAUAUUUUCAUAUAUGAAUUGCAUUCUAAUUCCGCUAAAUACAAAUUCCUGAUUGCUGCCC